CUCUGUUGAAUUUGGUGGCUUUACUCUCUGUUCCUAUCCACUUCAGAGCGUUCUUCAAGUCGCACAUAGUGUACGGAAGGAAAGCCGCAAUGUAAUUGAUGCAGACCGAACCCUUGAAGCUCGAGCCACCCACGCGGUACGGAGUAUCGCGCUGAUAACCAGGAGCAGCUUGUGCCAUCUGACAUUGGGCUGACAUUCCAUUGCCCCUCUUGCAGAAAACCUCGAGCUCGACAUCAGUCUGGCCACCCUGUGUUACUGUAGUGUGUCGACCAUUUACAAAUUCGAGUUCCGCUAGUACAAGUGCAUACAGACGUCGCGAUCUUAACAUAACCUUAAAUACCGACGCGAGCCCGUUGAUUACUUACUGCAUCAGCGGGGAAGCUACCCCCCUGCGCUGAUGCGCACAUGCAAUGCCUUCGCUCGAGGAUUUCCCUGAUGAGAUCAUCCGGCACAUUCUGCUCUACUUGCCGCCCGAAGACAACCACGAGCGCUUCCAACUAGUCUCCCGCCGUUUGCACCACCUCGCCAACGAAUCUCUCCUCUGGCGAUGGCAUUGCACAACAUCGUUCAACUACUGGCAUCCGCGCCACAAGCUCCGAGAGAAACUCGCAGCGCGCGCCUCAUCCGUGAACUGGAAGGCUCUCUGGCUCCAGAGGAGACGAAGCAAUCUCGAGGUUGCUAGGCUGCUGGACGAGAUUCUCUCGUCAAAGGUUGGCCAGCUGAGCAGGCUGCAACAAAUCUGCGAGCUGGGAUACGAUGCAAAGGACUAUCUCCUGGACCAAUGCCAUGUUGAUGAAUCUGCAGACGACGUUUUGGCUAGAAGGUAUCACGCAUAUUCGGCCCUGGACAGCAUUCAUAGGGGUGUUGCGGUAGAGGUAUGGUCCCGAUACCAAGGCCAAGCCUUGAGUGCGAAGGACCUCGAUACUGCGCUCGGUGCCUUUGACAUGUUUGUGCUGCAUGACCAGAACCAAGACUUGGAAUAUAUUUCGAGGACCUUGGAUGAACUCGCUGAACGAUUCAAAGAUGAACACCCAGCCUUUGAUGGAAUGUCCACCAGGCAAAAGGCCCUGUCGCUGGUACGCUGGUUGCGAGCAAACAAUUUCACUGGCAUGGAUCAUCCUGAAAUCAACUACCGCAACCUGAGGAACUGCUUCAUCGGCCACGCCCUCUCCGAUGACCAACACCAGUCUCUUCCCAUCAUCUCCAGCGCCAUCUUCACCUGUGUGGCGGAACGGCUGGGCAUGACAGCUUUUUGUCUGGCUUUUCCGAGCCAUGUCCACGCAGCGGUAUAUGCACCACCCGGGGAAGAUUUAGACGGGGCGCAAGUCGAGACCACGGAUGGUGAGCAAAUAAGAAUGUGCCUUGAUCCGUAUGGAUCCGACGAAGAGGUAACUCUAAGCGAUUUGCGCAUACGACUGGUUGAAUUCGGCUGGACCCAAGGAACAGAGGCCUUUCUCAGCCCCUCCCCCGUGCCAAUAAUCGUCCAGCGGACGGCGCAGAAUAUUAAGGCAACACACGACACGAUCCGCAACCUGACGGACAAUGAGAUCCUAGAAGCCGAGAUGAAGCGCCUACGGAGCGGUCACCCGGACCUAAACAUGGAGGCCGCCCUCUACGCCUCUAUGUGGGCCGAACUUCUCAUGAAGCAGGCGUCCAGCUUCCACUGGGACUCGAAUCUCGCCUCCUUCCUCCAGAAAUUUGCCCUCUCCUGGAGCGAAGACAUGUGGAUAGUCAGAAAGUACCUCCUCCCCCUGUACGAGAAGUUCAUGGCCUCGCAAGCCAACCUGCGCCCGCGUCGCGGCUGGCACAAUGUGCAUGAGAUCCUCGCUAUGCUUGAUAACCUCGACAGCCGGCAGCCCACCGUCAGCCGUCGGUACACCGAAGACAUCUUUGAGCAGGUGCGCUACAAGAUCGGCCAGGUCUUUCGCCACCGCCGCUACCAGUACAUCGGCGUCAUCAACGGCUGGGCUGCCCUGGGCACCGGCGGCUUGCCCAUGCCCCAUUACCUCGACGCGGCCGAGGCCGAGGAGGAAGGCGACGGCUUUGAUACGAUCGAGUCUGUACAUGCCAGCCGCCAGGGCGCGCAAAGGACGUUCUACACUUGUCUGCGCAGAAGGUCAAAUGUCGACCGCCUGCGUGUGGCCCAAGAAAACAUCGUCAUUAUCACCGACCCCAGCCUCAUCCCCGAGGACCUCUUCUUCGUGGCGGGCAAGUUCUUCAAGCGUUUUGACAGGGAGACAUGCACCUUUGUCUCGAAUAUCAAGGAGUACUAUCCCGAUGAUUGA